AUGAAGAACCAAACUUCUAUGACUGAAUUCUUCCUGCUUGGUUUCUCUAGGAGCCUCAAGAUCCGUCUCGUACUCUCUGGAUUAUUUUCUGUGGCUUACACCAUCACUCUUGUAGGCAACACAACCAUACUGAUGCUCAUCUGGCUAGACUCCCGACUCCACACCCCCAUGUAUUACUUCCUCAGCCACCUCGCCUGUGUAGACAUUUGCUACACUUCCAGCACAGUCCCCCAGAUGCUGGCCAACCUCCAGCGUCCAAGGCAAACCAUCUGUUUGGUUAGUUGUGCCAUUCAGAUGCAUGUUUUUCUGACCUUGGCUAUUACGGAAUGCAUUCUCCUUGCAAUCAUGGCAUAUGACAGGUAUGUAGCAAUAUGCCACCCACUGCACUACACAUUCCUCAUGAACAAAAGAGUAUGUAUGAAAUUAGCCAUGGUAUCCUGGACUUGUGGCCUUUUGUUGCCCGUGGCACAUUCUGCCCUCACCUGGCAGCUGCCAUUCUGUGGGCCCAAUCAAAUCGACCACUUUUUCUGUGAAAUGCCAGCACUGCUGAAACUGGCUUGUGCAGACACGAAAAUUGUUGAGAAGGUGACUUCAGUGGGAUGCAUUUUCACUUUGCUAACUCCCAUCUCCUUUAUCACGAUGACUUACAUCCGCAUCCUGAAUGCCAUCUUGAAAAUCCAAUCUGCAGAAGGUCGUUGCAAAGCUUUCUCCACAUGUGCCUCCCAUAUGACUGUUGUAGUUAUUUUCUAUGGCAGCGCCAUGUUUAUGUACAUGAGACCUAAGUCUAGUCACUCACCAGCUAUGGACAAAAUAGUCGCUCUCUUCUAUAGCAUUGUCACCCCGAUGUUCAAUCCCAUAAUAUACAGUCUCAGGAACAAGGAAGUGAAAGCCGCCUUCGUAAAAAUGUUGCGACUAUGCAGACUUCAUUGA